AGAAAGAAAGAGUUUUAGAGAGAGAGAGAGAGAGAGAGAGAGAGAGAGAGAAAAAAAAAAAAAAAAAAAUGGGGGAGGUUGUGGGAAACAAGAAGGUGGUGCUAAAAAACUACGUUACGGGGAUCCCCACGGAGGGGGAUAUGGGGGUGGUGACGGAGACCGUCCGAUUGAAGGCGCCCGAGGGAUCGACGGCCAUGAUCGUCAAGAACCUGUACUUAUCCUGCGACCCCUAUAUGCGGUCGCGGAUGACCAAGCACGACGAGCCCUCCUACGUACCCGACUUCGUCCCCGGCCAGGUGAUAACAGGUUAUGGUGUGUUCAAGGUGGUGGACUCUACCCAUCCAGAGUUCAAAGCAGGUGAUCUUGCCUGGGGCACAACAGGAUGGGAGGAGUACAGUGUCAUCACAAAUUUUGAGGUCCUUUUCAAGAUCAAUCACCCUGAGAUCCCCCUUUCCUAUUACACUGGUGUUCUUGGCAUGCCGGGUUUUACGGCGUAUGUCGGGUUUUAUGAGAUAGGCAAACCGAAGGAAGGCGAGCAAGUCUUCGUAUCGGCAGCUGCAGGUGCUGUCGGCCAGCUUGUCGGGCAAUUCGCGAAGCUGACGGGCUGCUAUGUUGCCGGCAGUGCUGGUUCUGAUGAGAAGGUGAAUCUGUUGAAGAACAAGUUUGGUUUUGAUGGUGCCUUCAAUUAUAAGAAGGAGCAGGACUUGAAUGCAGCAUUAAUAAGGUGCUUUCCUCGCGGCAUCGACAUAUACUUUGAGAACGUGGGCGGGCCGAUGCUCGACGCCGUGCUCCUCAACAUGAGGAACCACGGCCGGAUUGCGGCAUGCGGAAUGAUCUCGCAGUACAACCGCGAAAAGCACGAGGGCGUGCACAACCUGUUCUGCGUGGUGCCGAAGCGGCUGCGAAUCGAAGGGUUCGUGGUGUUCGACUACUACGCGAGCAGCUACCAGAAGUUCGAGGACAUGAUGGUGCAGCAUCUGAAGGAAGGGCGGAUCACUUACGUCGAGGAUGUGGCUGAAGGGCUCGAGAGGGCGCCCGCGGCGCUGACCGGCCUCUUCGAGGGCCGGAAUGUCGGGAAGCAGUUGGUCGCCGUCGCGAAGGAGUGAAAACUCUUCUUCCUUUUUCUGUGCUGUGUGUGGCUCAUGCUUUGUGCUCACAAGUUGGUGUAGGAAAUGUGUUUUGUUGAGGUUUGUGUUGGUGUUCUGUUCCCUGAUUCAUGAGGUGUGAAAUAAGAGGAGAAAAAAAGUAUCUGGGUUUUGUGAAGGUGUUUUUGAUGCUGUUAACAAAACUGCUGCUGCUUUUUUUUUUGGUACCCCCAGUUGAGACACAUAACUGGAUUUGAAUGAAUUGGAUAGAUUAAGAUGU